CCUGAAAGUCUGCCCGGGAGUCAUUCAAACAUACGUCGGAUUUCCAAGUGGUGAAAGGGGCCAUUUGUUCGAUAAUUGACAAUGGGUCCUCAGAUCAAGAUGUUCUCCGGGCCUCAAAUGGCCCUUUUCCGGCCUUCCUGCUUCUCAACACCUUGCACAGCGAUCCCUCUCUCGCGAUGCUUCUCGACGACCUCGCCCGCCCUCGAUUGGCUUACUCCCAAGUACAUGGAGACGUCGAAGUCCCCGAAGGGUCGCCCGCAUGUCGCGACCGGUGGUUCUUCGCGCGGUACGACUGUCGUCUGGGGUGACUAUGGCUUGCGGAUGAAGGAUCAUGACCGUCGACUGCCCGCCGCUUCGCUCAAGAUCGCCGAGGAAACCAUCAAGAGACGUCUCAGGGGUAUGAACUAUUCGCUAUACAAGCGCGUGAGCGCAAACAUCGGUGUCUACACCAAGGGUAACGAGCAGCGUAUGGGUAAGGGUAAGGGAAAGUUCGACUACUGGACGGCAAAGGUCGCCGUGAGCAGAAUCGUCUUUGAGCUCAAGGGCGAUCUGCACGAGAAGGUUGCCCGGGAAGCUUUCCGUUUGGCCGGCCACAAGCUGCCCGGACUUUGGGAAUUCGUGAAGAAGGGCGAGCCCCCAGUGGUCGGAAUCACAAAACUCGGCAACGGCGUGACCCUGGAGAGCCUCAAACGUGCCCGCAGAAGCCCGGCCCUGGGUACUGAGAGCCUACCUAACCCGCCGAAAUCAACCUCCUCCAGCCCAUCCGCUUCUCAAUAA